CCUGUGUCAGCCUUCACACUUGAAGAGCGGACACUUCUUGGUAGUCACGGCUACGGCCGAGGGAAUCCAAGUGAAUCUGGCCAAAGAUAUCUGCCUCUCGAAGAGAAGAGUGAGCAGGACAGAGACGAGUCGGACGACGAAGAAGUGGAUGGGGAGAAGGAUCAAGACGAGUCUUCGGCAAUUGGGAAGAUCAGCCGUAACUGGCGUCAACAGUCGCCUGACAACUGUCACAGUUGCCUGCGGACGAGCAGGCCGAGGGCGUGGUCAGCGAUGCCGAAAGGCUCAAAGCAUUGGUACUACAAUCACACUCCUGAGAAUGGGCAGGAAAGGUCUCAUCAGUCGUCCAUCUGCUCUGGUCGCCCGAAAACCAUUGAGGCAACAGACGGAUUUGACGAAUUUUCGCCUGACCCGAGGCGAGAGGACGAAGACAUCUGUCGAAUGCGCUGUUCUGGUAGAUGCUGGGCAACCAGGUGGGGCCAGGGACAGCCGGGAUCCCGAGGCACCGGCACCACUUAUGCGGAACACUUUUGUGCUUGGCCAAAGGAAUUGGUCAGGCCGAGGUCGCCGAUACGGUCAGCCUCGGCUUCAGGCAUGAGAAGAAAUAAUCCACAUCCCAGUCAGACAUUUGUCUGUUAA